UGGACCAGAACUAUCGGACCAGACCACGCUCCGCAGCUCGUCUCUCGCGUCCCGUCCCCUUCCUCUCCUCCGCCUGCAUGGACGCGUACCGCCGCUUCGCCGGCUCCGGCGACGCGCCGCCGACGCCGCAGCAGCAGCAGCAGCAGCACCUUCCUCCUCCCUCCCACCCCAACCCCAACGGCUGGUACCCCGGGCCCGCGCCGCCGUACCACGCUCCCCACCCCAACCACCCCUACCCUCCCCAGCAGCACCAGUGGGGCCACCCGCCGCCCCCCGACAUCCAGCACCAGCACCGUCCUCCACAGCCUCUGCCGCAGUACACGUACCAGCCCCAGCCCCCGCCGAUGCAGCCGCCGCCGCCUCCCGCUCCAGGGAACCCCUGGCCUCCUCACCACGCCGGGGCCCAGCCCCCGGCUCCGAGCUACCCACCGCCCCUUCCGGGUCAGGCAUGGACAAAUCAUUCAUGGGCUCAAAACGAUGGAUACACAGGGCUUGCCAAUGAAGAUGAUUGGGCUACAAAGGCGAAGGAGUGGGCAGCUGCUAAAUCUGGUACACAGAACCACCAGAUUCAGCAGCAUGUCAUGCCCACAAAUAGAACAGAAGUUCACCAUUAUGGUGGUUACCAUGAUCAGUAUCAGCAUUCAGCUGGUGUGCCUGCAGAACCUUUACACCCACCAAUUCCUCAAUCAAAUAGCGACCAGUUGCCGUUUCAAAUGACAGGUCAAUCGAGGGAAACAAAUUAUUUGCUAGAUAGAGGUCCAAUGGCGCCACCACCGAAGAGUUUCAGUUCAUUUCCAUCCACAUAUGAGCAGGAGGUAUCUUAUAAUUAUUCUUCUGCUCCAGCAGUUAAUGGGGAUGCUAUGCUUCAAUAUCCAAGCUCACAACAAGCUCAGACAGCUCCAGCUGCCUCAGCAGUUCAAGAUGGAUUUCCUCGAGGGACUCCUAGUAUGCCUGGGCAUGGUGGACAGUCCUUCAGGAUGAUGGUUGAUCCCAGUGACCAACCUUUGGAAUUCAAUAGCAGGAAACCUGAUAUGGCAGUACAUCAAGCAGUAAAUAUCAAUUCUACUGUUCCAACAGGAGUGUCCGAACAUGACACAGUAGCAUCGACUCAAUCAUGGGGCCCAUCUGCAGUUGGAUAUUUCCCUCGAGCUCCAGUACCACCACAGAUGGAUCCAUCUGUACAUGCUGCUCCACUGUUUGGAGCAGUCGCUGGUUCAAACUAUGUUCCACCUGCAGCAUUUGGUUUUGGUAGUGUAACUGAAGCAUUCCCUACAGAUGCAAGCACUCUUUUCAAUGUUGCAGAACGGUCAAAGAAACCUCCAGUACCUAACUGGCUUCGAGAAGAACUUCUAAAGAAAAAAUCCACUCCAGUGAGUGCUUCAGUGCAACACUCGACAAAUUUCAAUUCCAUGGAAUCUGAAGAUGCCGCAGAACUAGUAAAGAGAGCUGACCAAACUGACAGUAGAAGCAUUGGUCCAGCUAAAUUAACUGAGGAUGAUGACGCUGAUGAGGAUGAAAUCGAAGAAGCCCGGAUGGCAGCAAUCAACAAGGAAAUUAAGCGCGUGUUAACUGAAGUUCUCUUAAAGGUCACUGAUGAUCUUUUUGACGAGAUCGCAACCAAAGUUUUGAAUGAAGACGAUUCAUCAACUGAACCCAAUGAUUCCACUAGGGUCUCUAGCUUAAAGGAGCGUGAUCUGGGAGAGCCAAAAGCCAAGUCCACAGCUAAAGUUGUUGUGUCUGCCAAGCCAGCCAACAUUAGUUCUAUUGAUCAUCUAGAUGGUACUGGGUUAAGUUCCCCUAAAGGUGCUCUUCUCGGUCUUGCUAGUUAUGAUUCAGAUGAUUCAGAUGACGAUGAAGGUGAGAAAAGCAUUGAUGGUGAACGACACAUGAAUCAUAGUGAAAGUGCUGCAAUCCAAAGUGUUUCAUCAGGAGACGAUAAAAAAUCCAAUGUCGAGGGAUCUCAAAGAAAGGCAAAUGCAGAAUCUGAAAGAGAGCUACAUAUUGAUGACACACAGAAUGGAGAAUUUCCUUUAGAAGCCAAAACUUCUAUCCAGCCGAUAAAUGAAAAGGCACAUGGGCACGCAGACGUAGAUUGCCAAAAUGGAAAGGCCUCUUCCACCAAUCAUGCUGAAAAUAAUAAUAAUAAUAAUGCAGAGAGUACUCACAGGCAUUUGGCAAGGAGCAUCCAUGAGGAAGACCUUGUAAAAGAUGCAAAGCUUGUCCAUAGAAAAGACCUUGAGUCUUCUAUAACUGAAAAGUAUAAUGAUGGUGACAACCAUAGCAUGCAUGGAAAUAUUGAUAAAAAGGGUAUCAAGGAGGAAAAAGGUUCUGGCAGGUAUGCAAAACAUGGACUGGAUGAAAGGAACAAUGCCAAAGGAGAUCGGAAGGACUUUCCAGAAGAUGCGAGAGAGAGAAAGAGGGAUAGCGCUGAUAGAAGAGACAAACGGAAAGAUGGGAAUGACGAUAGAUCAAGGCAAAUUAUGAAGAGCUCAGCUAGUCAUAGCAGCAGAAGAUCACGAUCACCAAGUGGGAGAAGUCACACUAGGAAGGAGAGCUCUUCACAUGUUCGACGUAGUGUUUCAAGUGAUGAGCCUUCGGAUCAUGUUAAAAAGAGAAAGACUCAUUCACGUAAAGAUAGCAUGUCUCCCUCACCUCCAAGAUCUAGGAACAGACGAGUUUCGCGGUCUCCACAUAGCAAGCAUUCUCAUCGCAGGCAUUCACCUUAUUCAUCUGCCGAGAGGAAGAAGCGAUCCAGAUCCAGAACUCCGGUUAAAAGGAGAUAGAGGAAGCUAGCAGUUUGUUUUUCCCAACUGGGGAUGCCUGGGUUCUUGCCACUUGUCCUCUCAUUGAAGAAUGACCUUCCAAGGCUCGAAGACGCACACAGAAGAAGACGCUGGAUGUAGCUUUCUGCAAACAAGACGAGGAUCAUUCUGAUGGACCCGGUUCAGAGGACAAGGCAUGGAGUCCAGCAGAAAAUAUGGCGUCUGCCAAUAUAGGAUAUGUAAUCUUUUGUACAAGCAAUGGACUUCAUAAUUUGUAGUGGUAGCUUCCCAUUUAUCUAUUCCAUGUAUUGUCUUUAAAUUAUCUAAGCCCCGGUUUCUAAUUUAGUUUAUUUUAAUUUUAUCCAUGCUCCACAGACAUGCUACCAUGUAAUCUGUAUUGUUCAGCCUAUGUAUUCCUUCUGGAUCACUUAAGAACAGAGAUGGGCAUACAAUCAUGAUAUUGUAGCUAUGUUAGUUGUUUGCUUCA